AUGUGGAAGUUGGAAUGGGACGUUAUGGGAGUGAAGGUCGAUGGUCGAGAGCUACACCAUUUGCGCCUUACUGAUGACAGACUGGAUCUGCAAAAGACGAUGUUCAUGCGUAACGGAUGGGUCUCAGAUGCCCCAUUCACGCUCAACAGAACAAACAUAUCCGAAUGCACCAGCUACGUUUAUCUGGGUCGGGAAUUGAACAUGAAGAACGACCUGACCUCUGAGCUGGGCAGAAGGAAACGAGCGAUCAUGCAAACUGUUGGCUACUAUUUAAGCAGCCGUUUUCAUGGGUGUUUUCACUUUCUGAAGAAGAUUUCUGUGUCUUCACUUUUCGCCACGGAGAAGAAGGAGAAAACGAGUAAAAAGAUGAGCGGGAGAAAGACUAACAUAAAGGUCAUUCCACAUAUUGAUCCAUAA